AUGGAGCCACGGCGACAUAAUGCAACCCGUCCAGCCGCCAAGAACUGGAAAUGUGACGAAUGCCAGUCAACAUUCCGACGUAUGGAUCAUAUGAAGCGUCAUGUGCUGACUCAUCACACAGCCAAGAAGCACGUCUGUUCCUUUUGCGGCUCUGCUUUCAGCCGAGGGGAUGUACUACGCAGACAUUGGAAAUCUUGCAAGAAUCGCGUAGGCAGUGGUCAGGCUAUUCCCAAGCCUGACCGAGGUGGGAAGCACAAGUGGGCUUGUGAUAGUUGUGCACGUCUUAGGAAAGCUUGCAGUGGGGAGCUGCCUUGUUCGGAGUGUAUUCAUCGUGGAAGGGCGUGCACCUAUCGGCGACUCCAUGAAGAAGAGACCCCGUUACCGCCUAUAUCCCAACUUCUUUCAGAGACUCGAGAGGCUGAGGGCCCAGCAUUGGGGAGGAAUACCUCCAAGGCCUCUAACUCUUGGGAUCUUGGUCCUGCUACACUUUAUCCUUCGUCUACAGAAGUUCUCCGACACAAGACUGCACUGACUCAAUAG